CGCCGAGGGCGGUGGUGGGCGGUGCAAGAUGGCGGAGGAAGGGUCGGUUUGCAGCUUCGUUUUCAAGAAGCGGGGCCCGGCGGCGGGCAGGGGUCGGCGCAAGCGGCCCAGCAGUGACCAGGAGCAGGAGAGCAGCGGUGACGAGGGCAGCACCGUGGUGCGGAAGGAGCGGCGGCGGGAGACCCCCAACCCCAUGAUCCAGAAGACCAGGAGAUGCAUGAAGGAGAGACCUGCGUACGCGCUGAGCAGCAGUGACGAUGAUGAUCCGUCAAAGGAGAUCGGAGUUACUUACAAAUCAACAAGGUCGGCGAAACCUGUUGGCCCAGAAGACAUGGGAGCUACAGCAGUGUAUGAACUGGACACAGAGAAAGAGAAAGAUGCCCAGGCCAUCUUUGAGCGCAGCCAGAAAAUCCAGGAGGAGCUGAGAGGAAAGGAAGAUGAUAAAAUUUACCGUGGUAUUAACAACUACCAGAAGUAUGUGAAGCCCAAAGACACAUCAAUGGGAAACGCCUCUUCAGGAAUGGUCAGAAAAGGACCCAUCCGAGCUCCGGAGCACUUGCGGGCCACGGUGCGGUGGGAUUACCAGCCCGACAUCUGCAAGGACUACAAAGAAACUGGGUUCUGCGGCUUUGGAGACAGCUGCAAAUUCCUCCACGACCGCUCGGACUACAAGCAUGGCUGGCAGAUCGAACGGGAACUGGACGAAGGCCGGUACGGAGUCAAUGACGAGGAAAACUAUGAGGUGAGCAGCGAUGAGGAGGAUAUGCCUUUCAAAUGCUUCAUCUGCAGAAGUUCCUUCAAGAACCCCGUGGUCACCAAGUGUAGGCACUACUUCUGUGAGAGUUGUGCCCUCCAGCACUAUCGCAAAUCCCAGCGCUGCUAUGUCUGUGACAAGCAAACCAAUGGAGUCUUCAACCCAGCAAAAGAGCUCAUGGCAAAAUUGGAAAAGCACAAAGGGGAGGAAGAGGAGGAGGAAGAGCAACAACAUUCAGACCACAGAGAGAAUCCGCAAUAGCAGAGCACCCUGUUUUUGUAUCUAGCUGAAUAAAGUUUUCAUGUGAAGAAGAAACAAAAAAAGCUCACAGCAGUUGCCUUGGGGCCAGCAGCUGUAGCCAGUGCUUCUCUAUCCACCCAGCAGCUACUAGACUGUGCCGGCCUCCUUGGUUGCUGCUCUGUGAAGGCACAGGACACAACAGGUAAGGUCAGGCUCAGGAGUUGUGGCAGAGCAUGGCUGUCUGCUACCACUGGGACCCCAGCACUUGCCUCCAACUGCAGCAGUGGGCCUAGGGAAGGAGAUGGUGAAGACUACGUUCAGUUACAUCAUAACUUCCUUUUUUAACCAAGGCGCUGCUGUUUCACUCCUAAUUGCUCCGAUCCCACUUGCUUCCUGCUGCUGCAUAAGCAUAAAACUAUCUCUAAGGUAAUUUAAGUCCAUAAUCUAUGAGCACGUAGCAAGCUGAAAGCAUGGAAGCAGAUGAGAAAUAUUAGCUUGCAUCAAGUUCAUCCUUCACCCUAAAAAUGCCGACUCAUGGGAAAGCAGGCUAGAGCGCUGCAGUGAUUUGUUCCAGCCCAGUGUAUUCCCUCCUGUCUGUCCUGCCUGCCUUGUGGGUCCUAGGAGACUUCAGGAGAGGCUUAGAACUUCAGUGGGCAACACACCUCUUGAGUUGUCCCUCUUCUGUGAGGAAAGCCAUCUCUUCCAAACCAUCACGCAGUCCCAAAGGUUUUAUGCUGAGCAAGCAGUAUUGUGCUUUUUCUUGCUUUAAGUACCAGCAAUUCAGUCCCGGCCCAGGCUUGUGGGAGAGGGAUAAGGCUUUUCACAAGCUGGAUACUUCAUUAACAAGCUCAGAAAUUAAGAUCUGCUUACUAUAAUAAAAUUAAAUCAGGAGCCAAACUUGACCCUAGGGAGGAAGUAGCCCUUACAACCACCCCUGCUCUGGGAGAAUGCAUUCUACUGAAGCUGUCAGAAAGGAACAAGAGCAGCUGAUGCAGCGUCUUGCUUUAGUUGAAUUACAUCUUUGAAACACGAAGGCAGCUGCAGGUAACUCUGCUGAGCUGUAUGAAAGUAGGUGACGAAGAGUAAGCAGGCACAGCCAGCCUGUGUCAGUGUUUGUGAUCCAUUUCAUCACCCUGCAGAAACAGCAGACUUAAAAAACUUCAGAAAUAUUUUAUUUGUUUUGGCAAAAAACUAGAAUAACAAACUUUAUCUGGGUUCAAGUACAGUUUAUAAACACAAGAAGGACCUGUUGCCAGCACCACUACGCCCAUCAAUGACACCUACAGGACUGGUUUCUCAGUGCUUCGUUAAAGAGCAGAAAGACCUCUAGCACCCAUGGUCCUUGGAAAGGUCAAACUAAAAACCUUAAAUACACCUCCAAAAAACAAAUAGCAUGGACUGGGGGAGCUGCCACAGCAGCAGGGCAGAGCCACACAGCCAUGAAUGCCAGGGAGCCGGGCAAGAAGCUUGCUUUUACCGGUCGUUCAGUCAGGGAAGGCAGAACAGCAACGGUAGUGGAAGGCUUAAGAUCAGUUCUGUACGUGACACUCAGAGGAGUCACGAGCAAGAGGAUUUUGCAUGAAAGUCAACUUUUCCUCUGUGCCAGGGUAAGUCACUGAGAACAAGAUGGGAGGAAUGUUACGUGCUGUGUAACCAACCCAGCUAACAGGAGGCUCAACUGGAUGUGCUGUGGGGCGAAAAGAGCUGGUACGUUGCACAGGCAUACGCUUGCUUUGGUGAGCCAGGCAGCCAUGGGAGGAGAGGCUGGAAUGCCCUGUCUGACCUGGAGUUCAGAGUGCUCAGCAUCAAGUGAGAGGGGUCUCGUCAAAAGCCAUCUCCAGAACUGGAAAAGAAGAAUCCAGUGCUGCAGAGGAAUGCCCAAUGCAGCGAGCAUGCCUGGAAUGGGGUUGUCCUCAAUCUCCCAUUUUCCAUCAUAAAGCAGUGUCUGAAUUUAAGAACAUUCUCCUUUUCUCCACCCUCAAAAGUUACCCUGUGACAACACUCUCUGACUAGAAUGCCCAAAACGAAGAGCUGCCUGCCUCCCCUUAACUCUAAGGCACCCUUAAAAGAGAAAGAACCAAAGAGGGUAGGGACAUGCACCCUUCAACUGUGAUAUGAGGAAGCCAGUGAUUUUUAGAAAAACAUAAAUACUAAACACUCAACCCAUUUGAGUGAUCUAGCAGUGCUCAGCUGUGUGAACUGGGGCUCUGGACACUGCAGCACUGGGAACACUCCACAGCUCCUUGGGGUUGGUAAUUUUCCAGCUCAGGUCUAUCCAGCUGUUUCCAGGCUACCUCCUAAGUAAGCUAGCAGUUGAAGUGCCUUCCCAAGGACCUGUAAACUCUUCUAUGCAUAACAUUCAUCACCUUUCAUGAACAGGACCAAUAAAUUACAAUG